AUGUCUGCAGAAAAAAGAAAACGUAGCCCAAAUUGGUUAUCUUCAGAAAAAAAUUUAUUGUUAGAAUUAGUAGAAAAACAUUUUCGUGUCAUUGAAAACAAGAAAACAGACGGGGUUACGAUGAAGCAAAAAUUGUCCGAAUGGCAAAUUAUAUCCCACGAAUAUAAUAGUCAAACGACACACUGCUCGCGUACAGCAGAAAAUUUAAAAAAUGAGUGGGAAUAUAUGAAAAAAAAGGCCAAAAAGGAAGAGUCAUACAAGAGGAUGCAUAGAAUCCAAACAGGUGGAGGACCAGCAAAUCCCAAAAAAGAAGAUCCUCUUGAUUCAAAAAUAUUAUCUUUGAUAAAAACAAGUGCUGUUGGGCUUUUUAACCGUUUUGACAGUGAUAGCGUUGCCCCAGAAAGCUUAGAAAGCCAUAAUUUUUCUGAGGUUCAAGUUAUUUUAUCUGAGGAGCCAGAAUUAUGUAGUAAAGAUCUUGAAACUGACACUGAUGAGAUUCAAAAGACUGGGAUUGACUUGAAUGAAGUAGAAAUGCAGGAUUGGAGUGAUUAUACUCCUAAAAUGUUAAGAACUCCUGUUGCUACACCACUUCAAUACGAUACUAAUGAGCAAGAAGGAAAAUUAAAAAAAUCUUGGUCUUCAAGAAGGCGACCGACAUAUGUAGCUUCAACAUCAUCACUGCAAAAGUUGCAUGAGAAGAAAAUUGAAGCAAUUGAUCUCCAGAAGAGUGUUGCUGAGAAGGAAUCACUACAUUUAAACGCAGUUAACGAUCUGGACUUACAAAUAAAAAGGGAGCAAUUGAAACAAGAAAAAUUAAAGACCCGUAUUUUAUUAUUAGAUUUAAGAUUAAAGAAAAAGCAAUUGCGAAAAGACCAAUAA